AUGGUACACAACACGACUCUGCUGCUGCGCACUCGAUACCUCGACGCCGACGACGAGUCUUUCGACCAGGGCGGAGAUGCUUUGGGCCCCUUCCUCAAGAAACACGCGUCGAGGGAUUGUCGUGAGGUGAAGCUAGCGGGCACAUCGUCCGACGGAACUUCGACCGAGCUUACCUACACACUCCACGAGGAGCCCAUCAAGGGGCAGAAGAGCGGUGCGGACCACGGGGCGUGUUUGGAGUUGGCGCGCGCGUUCGUGGCAACCUUGAUCGGCAGGCUUGAUCACCGCCUGAAGGACCUCGCCAACCUCGACGGGGCGAAGCUGUUCAAGCAGGGUUCGUAUCCCAAGAACCAAGCCAAGCGCGAGCGGAAACUUGCACAGUGGCUGCAGUCUCUGCGCAACAUGUUUAAGAAGAAGCCUGACGACCCUGACACUCUACCAGGUACGUACAAUACCUAG